AUGCCGAGGGGGUCUCCGCCGCGCCGGCGCGAGUUGCGGUCACGGCCGCAGCCGCAACAGAAAAAGUCGCCCUCGCCGCGCAAGACGAGGCAGACCAAGCCGUCGACAGAGGGUCUGGACCAGGAGAAGAUCCUCGAGCUCUGGGCCCAAUUUACGGCUGACCACUACGAGAUGGUCGAGCAGCUGCCGCUCGAGCUGCACCGCAACUCGCGCUUGCUGAAGGAGAUGGACCAGGAGAGUGUUGCGCAGCAGGAGAAGCUCGAGAAGCGGAUACGCGAGUACAUCGCCUGGCGGACCCAGCUGGUGAAGCCAGUCCCGAAGCCGCAGGAACCGGAGCCAGAGCCGGUCCCAGAGUCAGAGCCACAGGCCGCGCAAGAGUCCCAAGUGGAAGCAGAGGCCAAGCCAGCGGAUCUGUCCGAAGCGCGGCCAGACGAGACGCAUUCCGAGGAAGACGCGGCCGAGCGCGCCCUCUUCCCCGACGACGACGCCGAUCACUCCAAGGAAGCAGCAUCGGCAGAAGUCAAGACGGAGCCGGAGUCUGUCCCACCGCAGUCUCAGCCGGACUUGGCGUCCCAGCUCUUCCCCCCAGACUCGCCGUCACGUCUCGCCGCAUCGCUCUUUCCCUCCGACUCGCCCUCACGGUCUCGAUUCUCGACCUCGCAGCCGCCCCAGAAGCGGCCCAACCUCGGCGAGAUCGCGCAGCUCGUCGACGACCUCGUGCGCAAUCGGGAGGAGAAGGUCGCCAUCGCCGUCGGCGCGUAUAACAAUGAAGCGAGCCUGUUCGGGAUCGAGAAGCAGCCGUCCGAAGUGCCCGAACUGAAGAUCCCCGAGGGUCUGGAUGUUGAUCCCCGCGCUACUGCUACUGCCGGAACGUCUCUUACGGCGAGAUGGUCGGGUGCGACAACGACGACUGUCCGUACGAGUGGUUCCACCUCGCAUGCCUCGGCAUGA